AUGAUUGCAUCAUCCAGCAUAGUGCCUCCUGGUGGCCUGGUACUCGUCACUGGCGUCACAGGUUUUAUUGGCUCGUACAUUGCGAACGGGCUGCUGGAGCUUGGCUACAGAGUGCGCGGAACAGUCCGCUCGAGUGAAAAGGCAACCUGGGUGACGCAAGCCCUGACCAGACGCAACCCCUCUGCAGAUUUCGAGGCUGUCAUUGUACCAGACCAGAAUGCCCCCGGCGUCUGGGACGCAGUUCUCAAGGAUGUCGAUGGCAUCGCCCAUGUCGCAGGAGACGUGAGCUUCGGACCCGACCCGACCAAAGUCAUUACGCCAAGUGUAGAAGCUCUUCGAAGACUUCUUGAGGCUGCUAGAAAAGAGCCUUCAGUCAAGCGUUUCGUAUUCACCAGUAGCGAUCAAGCAGCAAGCAAUCGUUCGACUACGCGGGAGAUCCCGAUCAAUGAGGAAACUUGGAAUGAAGAGGCCAUCGAAGCGGCGUGGAAACCACCGCCUUACGAGGCGGAACGUGGGUGGGACGUUUAUUCUGCACUCAAAGCGCAAGUUGAGAAGGAAAUGUGGGAGUUCAGCCAGAAGGAGAAGCCAACCUUCGUGGUGAACUCUGUUUUGCCAACUUACACAAUAGGGGCCAUCUUCGACGAGCAACAGGCAGGUAGCACGGCGAAAUGGUUGCUAGACUUCUACAAAGAUCCAUCAAAGGAUGGCUUCAUGAGAGGUUUCGGAGCCUCAUAUUAUGUUUAUGUCGGAGAUGUGGCGCUCUUGCACAUUGGUGCGCUGACUCUAGAGGAGGUACAGAACAAGCGCUUGUUGGCAUUUGCGGGCCGUUUCAGUUUCAAUAGUUGGCUCGAGGUUUUCCGCAAACAAGACCCUGGCAAGCCCUGGCCAGAGGAUGAUCCUACCCAAGCGCUGGAUAGAAGACGAGUUAAUGGUGAGACGGAAUUGGAUAUACUAAGGCGGUUUGGGAAGGAUGGUUGGACAAGCUUUGAGGACAGCGUCUUGAAGGUAUUGGAAAGUCCUUGA